GUUACGUUAUACUUAAACACAAACGCCUCCACUCACAUACGCACGUCUUUGGCACGAGCGCGUAAAAAAAAAAAAACAGAGUUCAGCACCAAACAAAUAAAUAGUAACGUUGUCAAAAAUGGAAGGAUAGCAUUCAAAAGAAUAUGAACUUUAUUUUCGAAGCAAAUAAUAAAAAAAAAAGAAGAUAUUUGCUAUCAAUGUCAAACAACUUAAGCAACAACGACGACUUCGCUAUCGCUCGUAGCUACAUUGAUAUAAUUAUUCAGGUAGCAUUUUCGGAAAAAAAAAAUCGAGGGAAAAAUAUUGUGAAAGCUAAAGAACAACAAGAAAAAUACUCCCGAAAAUGAUGUCCUUCCGGAAUGUUUUUGGUUGUUUAAUUAUGUUGCUUUCGUCCAUUACCGUUCACAGUUAUCGCUAUAGAAGGAUAGAUCGUUUUUGUACCGGUAAAGAACUCACUCUUCUCCCGAAGAAACUAUACAGGAAAUGUGGUGCCGCCGUAUCAAUAAAUGACGUACAUAUACCGCCUACAGUACAAUUUCGUUUUUCUCAAAGCCCGAGAUAUAGAAGGUACAUCUUGAUUAUGACAGACCCAGACAUGCAUUUCAUAGAGAAAUAUCAUACAUAUUCCCACACGACUGAUCACCUGCAUUGGAUGAAAUUAAAUUUUUCCGUAGAGAGACUAGCAGAGGGUAUAACAUCGGAAAGUAGCGACUUAUACCCUUACACAGCGCCGGGCCCGAGUUUAGCUGAUCGUCGAAUACAGUUCCUACUAUAUGAACAAAAAUCCGACAACGUUAUUUUGCCAUAUCCAACUGGAACAGGAGAACGCUAUAUAGAUGUGAAUUAUUUUGAAUAUAGGAACCAAUACCCAGAAAAAUUUAUGUCUUUUCAAUACCUUCUUACUAUCAAAAAACGUUGUAAAUCUACCGCUACUAAAAUCAGUCUUUCUUAUAUGAAGAGUUGGCUAAACAUUUAUCUGCUCAAGAUGGUCAUACUGUACUUUGAGAAAAUGCUUAUAUGAUUACAGUUAAUACAAUAAUUAUGAUAAUAAUAAUAAUAAUAAUAAUAAUAAUAAUAAUAAUAAUAAUGAUAGUAAUAAUAAUAAUGAUAGUAAUGGUUUCAAAAUUUGGCACAAAGCCUGUUAUUUCGAGGGAAUGGGGUUAGUCGAAUGUGCAGAAGGAUAUUGGAAUUGAGACAUUUGUUGUCGACCUAAGAAUCCUAAGAAAGAUUCUUGUGAUUUGAGGAGACUUGUUGUCACCAGACCUCAAGAGAGCUUCCCUGCUAAUUAAAUUACUAUUUAAUAGCUUUCGAGUAAUAAUAGAUUAGUAGUAGUAGUAGUAGUAGUAAUGGUGAUGAUGAUGGUGAUGAUGAUGAUGAUG